AUGAAACUAUCUAAACUGCAAGAUCAUCUGAGAAGAUGCCACCCUGAUAAAACAGAGAAAGAUUUGAAAUACUUUCAAACACUCAAAGAUAAAUUUCAGAAGAGACCUACACUCGGCAGAAUGUUCGCUUCGACGUCACAAAAAAAUGAUGUUGCUUUGCGGGCGUCUUACAAUAUCUCGUUACUUAUAGCAAAAUCCGGAAAACCGCAUACUAUCGGAGAGAAGUUAAUUUUGCCAGCCGUUGAAGAGGUUUUAAAAACCGUUUUACACAAACCUGCAUCUGAUAUCAUUAAAAGAAUUCACUUAAGCAACAAUACUGUUAAAAGACGUAUUCAUGAAAUCAGUUCUGAUAUUGAAAGCUUCUUAUGUAAUUAUUUGCAAACGACCCAUUUCUAUAUACAACUGGACGAGUCAACUUUACCUGAUAAUGAAGCAUUAUUAUUGGCAUAUGUUCGUUUUAUUAUGAAUCAAGAAAUCUACGAAGAACUGCUCUUCGCAAGAACUUUGAUAACCGACACUAAAGGAUACCCAGCAAAAACACACUCCGAACUUGUGGUGGACAUUAUGCCUUUGUCAACGCUGAUGGCUACAACUAGUGAAACGCUGUAUGAAUCCUCAAUCAUCAAAACGCUAUAA